AUGACGGGGGCAGAGAGGAGAAGGAGAGCGGUGUGGGGGAAGAUCCGGGCUGUUCGCUGUGAAGAUAUCAAGCAGUGGUGCGUGAGGCGGCUGCCCAUCUUGGAGUGGGUGCCCGUCUACGAUUGGAAGGAGAAUCUCGUUCCCGAUAUGGUGUCUGGGAUGAUGCUGGCCAUCCAGCAGGUGACUCAAGGAUUGGCCUUUGCUGCUCUCUCUUCAGUCCAUCCAGUUUUUGGUUUAUAUGGUUCAUUCUUCCCUGCCAUUAUAUAUGCCAUAUUUGGAAUGGGACAUCAUGUUGCAACAGGAACUUUUGCCUUAACUUCCUUAAUAUCUGCCAAUGCAGUUGAACGUCUUGUUCCUUCCAUUGGCAGUAAUUUCACUGCAAAUAAUAAUUCAGGAAUCUUGGGCCUGUCAGAGUUUGAAAUGCAGAGAAUUGGAGUUGCAACAGCAGUUUCAUUUCUUGGAGGAAUCAUUCAGGUAGCGAUGUUCAUGCUGCAGCUGGGCCACGCCACCUUCUUGUUAACAGAACCAGUGAUCAGUGCAAUGACCACAGGAGCUGCGACGCAUGUUGUGACUUCACAAGUGAAGUACUUGCUGGGAAUGAAAAUGCCGUACAUAUCAGGACCGCUAGGAUUUUUUCAUAUUUAUGCCUACGUAUUUGAGAAUAUCAGAUCGGUUCAGCUAGAGGCUUUACUUCUCUCCUUGCUGAGCAUUGUGGUGCUUGUUCUUGUUAAGGAAUUGAAUGAGAAAUUUAAGAGAAACAUAAAAAUUGUUCUUCCUAUUGAUCUAGUUUUGAUAAUUGCUACAUCCAUUGCCUGCUGCUAUGCCGAUAUGGAAUACGUCUACGGGCUAGAAGUUGUGGGGCAUAUUCCUCAAGGGCUGCCACCACCAAAACUGCCAUCCAUGAAUGUCCUAUCUGAGGUAGUCACAGAAGCUUUUGGGGUAGCACUGGUUGGUUAUGUAGCAUCACUAGCUCUAGCCCAAAGCUCUGCUAAAAGGUUUAAUUACACUGUGGAUGAUAACCAGGAACUUUUGGCUCAUGGCCUCAGCAACGUGAUUCCUUCAUUUUUCUUUUGCAUACCAAGCGCGGCAGCGAUGGGACGGACGGCACUGUUAUAUAGCACGGGCGCCAGAACACAGGUGGCUUGCCUUAUCUCUUGUGCAUUAGUUCUUGUGGUGAUCUACACGAUUGGAACAAUGCUGUACUGGCUGCCCAUGUGUGUGCUAGCAAGCAUUAUCAUUGUGGGCUUGAAGGGGAUGCUAAUGCAGUUCCGUGACUUAAAAAAAUAUUGGAAUGUGGAUAAAAUAGACUGGAGCAUAUGGGUUACUACCUACAUGUUCACAAUCUGCUUUGCUGCUAACGUGGGAUUGUUGUAUGGUGUUCUCUGCACAAUAGCAAUUGUGAUUUUCCGCUUUCCCAGAGAAAAGACACUGAAUUUGAAAAAUAUGAAAGAAGUGGAAUAUAAAUACAAAACUGAAGAUAAUUGUGAAUCAUUAAAACAGGUAAAGAUAGUUUCAGUCAGCAACCCAUUAGUCUUUCUCAAUGCCAGAAAGUUUCAUGCAGACCUGAUGAAGAUAAUCCAGAAGGAUAGCACGAGCAGCCAGGCAUGUGAAGAUGUAAACAAGUGUGAGCAGAACACAUUACUCUGCUCAUUUUCCAAUGGAGGUUGUCAUGGUGAAUCGCUGCAGCCAUGUCAGAGUGAGCGACGCAUUUUGAUAUUGGACUGCAGUGGACUGCAUUUCUUUGAUUAUACUGGAGUCUCCAUGUUGCUUCAGAUUUACAUGGAUUGUAAAAGCAGACACAUUGAAGUGUUGCUCGCAUGCUGCAAAGCUUCCUUGAUUAAAGCAAUGCAGUAUGGUGGAAAUCUCGAAUCUGAAAACCCCAUCUUCUUUGACUCUAUUUCUUCAGCAAUCGAUGCCAGUCAGAUUUCCAGGAAAUGCAGCAAGUUCACUGAACAGAGUGAAGUGUGAUGCCAACCCAUCCAGUGUGGAUAGUUUGACCAGCUCAUAUGCAGAAUGAACUACACCAUGGUUUCUUGUUAGCUUUUUUUUUUCUCAAGGAGAUGUCAUAGAUGCUAUUCUAUAUGCCAUUUAUGUUUAGUGCACUCAGUAAUGACAGAUCUGCCAUUCAGAACAAAAGAUCUUUCCACUGCCAUCACUCAGAGAUUGUUCCUAUCGUUGAUCUACAGUGGUUUUUAUAAUACUCUUAUACACACUUAGAGACAAAUUAUUAGAAAGCAGAUGUGGGGUACUGAGUGUGUUUAACAGUGAGAUAUAUUAUUUUAGAUAUCUUCUAUUAUAACAUUAGUUGUAAUAUG